CUUUAAUUUUGUUCUGGCGACGUGACGUCACAAGGCUGCGCCGCGCUCCGCAUCUGUUGUGAUUCUGCUGAAGACAGGACAGAGUGACCAAACACACAGAGAAACUCCUGCUGAGGCGACUCAGAUCCACGUGUUAGUGAAGAUGGCGUGUAUUAAAGAGGAGAGUGAAGACAUCAGGAUUGAAGAAGUGUUCAGUCUGAGAGAUACUGAGGAACAAACAGACCUGCUGAUGCUGAAAGAGGAGAAUCAAGAUCCGUAUGAAAUGGAACAGACAGAUCAGUAUGAGGAAUGUCAUGAUUUCAUAACUGGUGAAAAAGUCAAAAAGACUAAAAUGACGUCUAUACAAAAAAGAGCUCAGAAAACCAAAUCUAACAGCUCUUUUACCUGCCAUCAUUGUGGGAGGAGAUUCGGUGAAAAACAAAAACUUAAAUUGCACGUGAGAGUUCACACUGGAGAGAGGCCGUACCCCUGCCAACAGUGUGGAAAGAGCUUCACUCAACAAGGAGCCCUUAAAAGACACAUGAGAACCCACACUGGAGAGAAGCCUUACACCUGCCAACAGUGUGGAAAUGGUUUCACUCAAAAAGGACACCUUAAAAAUCACAUGAGAACCCACUCAGGAGAGAAGCCUUUCACAUGCCAACAGUGUGGAAGUAGUUUUGCACAAAAAGUGCACCUUCAAAGACACAUGAGAACUCACUCAGGAGAGAGGCCUUUUACCUGCCAGCAGUGUGGAAAGAGUUUUACACAGAAAAACACCCUUAAAUCCCACAUGACCAUUCACACUGGAGAGAAGCCUUACACAUGUGAACAGUGUGGAAGGAGUUUCCCUGUAAAACAGAGCCUUAAAGUCCACAUGAGAGUUCACUCUGGAGAGAAGCCUUACACCUGCAAGUAUUGUGGGAAGAGUUUCACACAUAUAUACACCCGUAAUUACCACAUGAGAAUUCACACUGGACCGAAACUGUACACAUGUGAUCGUUGUGGAAAGUGCCUCACAACAGAAUUUAGCCUUAAGUGUCACAAGAUCCGUCACACUGGAAAGAAACCCUUCAGAUGUGAUCAGUGUGGAAAGCGUUUCAUACGUAAAGUAAGCCUUAAUUACCACAUGAAGACUCACUCAGCAGAGAAAUGCUGUAAAUGUCCUCUGUGUGGAAAGGGUUUAAGUCAUAAAGGUAGCCUCAAUGCUCACAUGAAAAAACACAGAAGGCCUGUGGCAAGAGCUUCUCACAAAUAGAAAAUCUUAAGAUCCACAUGAAAUAUGUGUGGAAUCAUGUGAAGAAACCCACACGACAUUGCACUCAGGGGAGAACUGUUUUAUAGGAAACCUGAACACUCACAAAGGAGUUCACACACCUCUGAAACGCCAUUCAACAUCAUUCUGGAAAUAAAGUGUGACCGUGACAAGGUUUACCAAAUGAAGCUAUUUUAUAGGUCACCAGCACAUUCAGUCUGGAGGAAGGCGCAUUAACUGUGAUCAGUAUAAUACAUUUUUGACAUCUCACCUGAUAGAAACACCUAAGAAGUCAUGAAAGUGAGACAGUAUUUUUGUGCAUUGUGAAGAAAGCUUUAAAUGGCCCUGGAAUUUAAAGGGUUAGCUCACCCCAAAAUGAAAAUGAGUUAUUUACUCACCUUCUUUUAGACGUAUGCAGUCGGAGUUAUAUUAAAAAUUGUUCUGUUCCUUCAAGCUUUAUAUUAGCAAUGAGUGGGUGUUUGUCUUCAACAGUCCAAAACAAGUCCAAUAAAGAGCAUCCAUCCAUAAUAUAAAAGUGCCUUCACACAGCUCCGAGGGGUAAACCCUAACCCUAAGGCCUCUUGUUGCGAAUCAAUGCAUUUUUGUACACAGAAGCCGCUUCGGGCAGAAGAUGUAGGCGUUGCGCGUGCAUUGCUCGGAAGUGACGAACCCAGACGUGCAGAGAGAGCAAAACAACAGUCACGAGUUAGAGGGAUAAAAUGAGGAUUUGUAAAGAAAAAUGUUGGAGGAUUUCAGUUUAAGCCAAGAGGAGACUGGUUUUCUUUUGCUAAAAAUGGAACUGAACAAUAAUGAAAAUGCGUAAGCAAGGAAAAAUAGUAAGAAAUAUAAAAUAUAAAAACAUAUAAAUGAAUAAUAUAUAUGAAUAAAUGAUAAAUACUUAAAUAAUCAAAUAAAUAAUUAAAUAUGAAUUAUGCGAAUGACUAAUGAUUAUAAAAUGAUUAUAAAUAAUUAUGUAAAUAAAUGAUUAUAAAUAAAAUUGAAAACAAACAUAACAUUUAAACACAACACAAUAAUUUGCAUGGAAGGAUCUAAGGAUCCUUCAGUAAGGAAACUUUGCUUCCUUUACUCCUGUAUACAAAUGUUGGUGCGCAUGCACUACGCGUAUGUCCCACGUCAUCCCUCUGGAGCGGCUUCCGUAUACAACUGUUUAUUAGGAUUUAAAUAUGGAUAUUUUUCUUACAAAAACACAUUGAUUCACUACAUGCCUUUAUUCACUCCCCAGAGUUGUGCAAAGCACUUUUAUUAUGGAUGGAUGUGCUUUAUUGGACUUGUUUUGGGUUGUUGAAGAGAAACACCCAUCCGUCUAUGUCAUUAUAAAACUUAAUAUAACUCUGAUUGCAUUUGACUGAAAGAAGGAAGUCAUAUAGACCUAGGAUGCCUUGAGGGUGAGUGAGUAAUGGGCUAAUUAUCAUUUUUGGGUGAACUAACCCUUUAAAAUAGCACCAGAAAACAGGUAUCUGUUUGACAUUAAGACUACGCUCAUAACCACAUCUUUUGCUUGUAUUUUUUUUUUUUAUUCUUGUUUUGAGGCUUUUUUAAAUAUAUGAUAUCCUGUAUCCACA